CCGGGCAGGGGCGCCAUGGCGGCGGCCGAGACGAAGAUCAUUUACCACCUGGACGAGCAGGAGACGCCGUACCUGGUGAAGCUGCCGAUCCCGGCCGAGCGCGUCACCCUCGGCGACUUCAAGGGCCUCCUCAACCGCCCCAACUACAAGUUCUACUUCAAGUCUAUGGACGACGACUUUGGGGUGGUGAAAGAAGAGAUCUCGGAUGACAAUGCCAAGCUUCCCUGCUUCAACGGCCGUGUGGUGUCAUGGCUGGUGUCUGCAGAGGGUUCCCACUCGGAUGCUGGCUCGGUCUGUGCCGAUAACCAGACAGAGCUGCCACCUUCCAUGGAGCGCACAGGAGGAAUUGGAGACUCCAGGCCCCCCUCUUUCCACCCUAACACCGGGGGGAGUCGGGAAAACUUGGACAAUGAGACAGAAACAGACUCAGUGGUGUCCUCGCAAAGGGAACGACCUCGUCGGACAGAUGGGCCUGAGCAUGCACCCAGGGUGAAUGGGACCGUGAAGGGAGAGCGGCGCCGAGACCUGGGUGGGUACGAGAGCUCCUCCACACUCAUGAGCAGUGAGCUGGAGACCACCAGCUUCUUCGAUUCAGAUGAAGAUGACUCCACCAGCAGGUUUAGCAGUUCAACAGAGCAAAGCAGUGCUUCCCGUCUCAUGAGGAGGCACAAGCGGCGCCGGCGGAAACAGAAGGCUCCACGCAUCGAGCGGUCAUCGUCCUUCAGCAGCAUAACAGACUCCACCAUGUCCCUGAACAUCAUCACAGUCACGCUGAAUAUGGAGAAAUACAACUUUCUGGGCAUUUCUAUUGUGGGACAGAGCAAUGAGCGUGGUGAUGGAGGCAUUUACAUUGGCUCUAUCAUGAAGGGUGGCGCUGUGGCAGCUGAUGGCAGGAUUGAGCCGGGGGACAUGCUCUUGCAGGUAAAUGACAUCAACUUUGAGAACAUGAGCAACGAUGAUGCUGUGCGGGUGCUGAGGGAGAUUGUGCACAAGCCAGGGCCCAUCACCCUGACGGUGGCUAAGUGCUGGGACCCCAGCCCGCGGGGCUGCUUCUCGUUACCCAGGAUUGCUCCCCAGCGGAUCUGGGCUGGGCCAGACUCUCCAUGCUCCGAUCCGGGUGAGCCCAUCCGGCCCAUCGACCCGGCAGCCUGGGUGUCUCACACGGCAGCGAUGACUGGCACCUACCCAGCGUACGGUAUGAGUCCAUCCAUGAGCACAAUCACUUCCACCAGCUCCUCCAUCACCAGCUCCAUCCCAGAGACCGAACGCCUCGAUGACUUUCACCUGUCCAUCCACAGUGACAUGGCCACCAUUGUCAAAGCCAUGGCCUCACCAGAGUCAGGCCUCGAGGUGCGUGACCGCAUGUGGCUGAAGAUCACCAUCCCCAACGCCUUCAUUGGUUCAGAUGUGGUGGAUUGGCUCUAUCACCAUGUGGAGGGCUUUACAGACCGCCGUGAAUCCCGCAAAUAUGCCAGCAAUCUGCUGAAGGCUGGCUACAUCCGACACACCGUGAACAAGAUCACCUUCUCAGAGCAGUGCUAUUACAUCUUCGGGGACCUCUGUGGAAACAUGGCUAAUCUGUCUCUUCACGAUCAUGAUGGCUCCAGCGGUGCCUCCGAUCAGGACACUUUGGCUCCGCUCCCCCAUCCAGGAGCCGCACCCUGGCCUAUGGCUUUCCCGUAUCAGUAUCCACCGCCUCAUCCGUACAACCCCCAUCCCGGCUUCCCUGACCCAGGCUACAGCUACGGAGGGGGCAGUGCAGGCAGCCAGCACAGUGAAGGGAGCCGGAGCAGUGGUUCCAAUCGCAGUGGCAGCGAAAGGAGGAAGGAGAGAGAGAAGACCGGGGAGUCGAAGUCAGGUGGCAGCGGGAGCGAGUCAGACCACACCACGAGGAGCAGCAUGAGGCGUGAGCGCGCGGCCAGCGAGCGCUCGGUGCCGGCCAGCCAGCACAGCCAGCGCAGCCAGCACUCCCUGGCUCACAGCAUCCGCAGCCACCACAGCCAGCAGUCCUACGGGCCGCCCGGCCUCCCCCCUCUCUUCAGCCCCCCCAUGUUGCUGAUGCCUCCACCGCCUUCAGCCAUGGGGCCCCCCGGGGCACCGCCGGGCCGUGACCUGGCCUCUGUGCCCCCCGAACUGACAGCCAGUAGACAGUCCUUCCGAAUGGCCAUGGGCAACCCCAGUGAGUUCUUUGUGGAUGUAAUGUGAAGCGCCCAUCCCCUGUCUGUCUGCUGCCCCUCCUUCCCCCCCUCUGUCCCUGUCGUUUGUUUCCUAGGACCAGCCCUGGCUUCGCCCCUUUUUUUUUUGAUUUUGUUUUGUUGGUUUUUUUUGUUUUGUUUUUCUUUUUUGUUUUGUUUUUUUUUUUUUUUGUCUUGAUAAUGAAAAGAAAAAAAAGGGAAAAAAAUAAUAAAUGGAACUAAACCUUGA